GUUAAGCAACAAAAGUUCAGCCAGUCAGCCUAUGGGAGGGGAGUUAACUCUGCAACUUUAGAGUGGGAGAACAAUUGAAUCUCUGUCCUUACUCUCCACGUGUUCAAGGAAUCAGUCAUGGCUGCAGAAGAAAACCAGACUUGUUUUGAGGGCAGGACUCUCCAAAACUUUCAGGUCUACCUAGAACAGUCGGGAGACCACGAGGCCAGUCUCCGGUGUGUACACAACAUCCUGCCAGGUGAAUUUAAAAGAAUUGGAGCAGGUAAAAGCCAUCUGGAUGUUCUGGGUGUUGGAAGUGGUGGAGGGGAAAUUGAUGCCCCGAUGCUCACUCUACUGCAGUCUACGUUCCCUGGUGUCCCGAUCACUGCUGACAUUGUGGAGGGUAGCUCUCAGCUCACAGACAACUUCAAAGGUAUCAACAAUUCAGAACGCCACUCGGUAAUAGCUUUGGUAGCAAAGACCACCAACAUUCAGAAGAUCCCAUUUACUUGGUAUACCAUGCACAGUGAGGACUAUGAGAGGCCAGUCAAAGAAAAAGGAGACAUGAAGACUUUUGACUUCAUACACAUGAUUCAGAUGAUCUACUUUGUGGAUAACCUCGCCAGCACCAUCAAGUUCUACCAUAGCCUUCUGAAGAACAAUGGCCGGCUUAUGAUCAUUGUUGAAGCAGAUAACAGUGGCUGGGACGUCUUAUGGAAGACUUACACAAAGGAGCUCUGUGUUGGUGCCAUCACAGAGUGCCGCUCAUCAGGAGAGGUUAUUUCCUGCUUGAAGAGCCAGGGUCUGAAAUAUGAGGAGCAUGUGAUUCCCAACACCUUUGACAUCACUGAGUGCUUCAAUCCAAAAAGCCAGACUGGUCAAUGUCUGUUGAAUUUCUUUACAGUAAAAGAUAAUUUCUACCAGUCGUUUACCCCAGAGAUCAGAGCAGGCAUGUUAGACCUUCUCAGGAACGAGUGCAGCUCUAAAAAAGAUGGCAGGGUGUUCUUCAACAAUAAUGUGAGCUGCAUACUUGUACAUGCUUGAGUAUGGAAUGGAUUGUAUGGAAAGAUAAAUGAUCUUCUUGCA